UACCGGAAUCACAUGAUUUKCACACUGUGUUUAUGUCAAAAAUAUGGCGGAUAGUGAGACGAGUCCUAGUUCUUCCCCUCUCUACCAUGAAGUCGAUCCCAGAAUUACCCUUGGACUUCGUAUUUAUGCUGUACUCACUGCCUUUUUAGUGUUUUUAACCUUGAUAUUCUGCUUUGUAAAAGGAGCUGAAGAUUCCAAUAUGUAUUUGUUGGCUGUCAACAUGAUUUUAAGCAGUCUGAUAGGAGCAGUUCUUGCUUGGUGGUACCGUAAAGGGAUUAUUGAAGCUGACAAGAAAAGUUUCCUGGUUUUACUGGGUAUUUGCAUCAUUUUUCAAGCCAUUAUUUCUGACAUUUAUGUCUACCAUAAACCUGAAGUUCACUCAACACCAGUAAUUAUUGUCAAGCCAACAAAYGCAACAAGAAUGUCUUCAAUAGGGCCCACUCUAUAAAGAAAAACGACAACUAGUGAACCAAGAAAUUCACUUACUUGUAUCAUAUGGUUCUUUCAACACCUUUAAGGUGCAAGACCAGUGUAGGUUUACAUAAUUAAGGUUUAAGUCUGGUUUACAUGUACACAAUGACAUAAGCACAAGGAAAAAAAAUGCAUCAAGAAAACAAUAUGGUGUCUUUGCUUAUGUCUCUAGCAAUUUGAAUCUAAUUAGUUCAAUUACUCAAAUUGCUGUGCUUACGUUAAUGUCUUAUAUCAAAGCCUUGACUUCAUUCGUUUUUUCUUUCUUUGGUACUUAUUCUUAUGUCACCAUGUGAACCAAGCUGAAAUUUCUAAGUUGUACUGACAGUCAAACUUAAUAGUUAUAUAUAAGUGACUGCAAAAGCAUUAAAUUUAAAUUUGUCAUGAAUUAAGAUUAUGAUUUACUAAAAGAGAGGUAYAGAAUUGUAAAAAAGAAAGAAACACAACUUACAAAAUGUCUCAAAAAAACAUUUCUCUUAUUUGACGGGUUGUUCAAAGUGCCAUUACCGUUAAUCCAGGGUUAUUGAAUUCCAUAUGUUUUUUUGAGAGUCAAACCAAUGUAAGCGCUAUUCGAUCUUUGAACAACCCGACCCUGUAUCUUUAAGACGGUUGAAUUUUUCCAUUUGUAUCAAUGKUAUUGCUUUAGAUAAUACAUGUAAAUAUGAUGAAUUGUAAUCUUUACGUGGAUAAAAUCAUUGAAGUGAUUGGCAAGUCCAAAAAUAUAGUGAAUAUUGAAAGAA